AUGUCUCAUCGAAAAGCAUUAACUUUGGAAGAAAAAAUUGCUUUCAUCAAGGAUAAUCAAAAUGCUCAUGGUUUAUCAGUUCGCGAACUGGCUGAUAAUUAUAAAAUAUCAAAAAGUAGUGCUGCCAAUAUUCUUCGUCGAAGUGAAGAACUUUUAGCUGAUUAUUCUUCGAAUUGUAAUAAAGGUAUUAAACGCAAAUCCAAGGACGAAAAUAGACAAAAAAUCGAUGAACUUGUCUUCGAAUGGUUCACUCAACAACGUGCUAAACAAAUUCCUAUUUCUGGCCCCAUUUUACAAGAAAAAGCAAGACAAGCUGCUGAACAAUUAGGUUAUACGUCAGAAACAUUUAAAGCAUCAAGCGGUUGGCUUGAAAAGUUCCGCAAUCGUCACGCUAUUUCAUUUCGCACAAUUAAUGGUGAAAGUGCUUCAGUGGAUAAUUCCACAGUCGAGGAAUGGACACCGCGACUUUCAAAAAUACUUGAUGGAUUUGAUGAAAACGAUGCUUUCAAUGCAGAUGAAACGAGUUUAUGUUAUCGUGCAACACCUGAUCGCUUAUUGGUCAUAUCCAAGGAAGAAUGUAAAGGUGGAAAGAAGAGCAAAGAAAGACUCACAGUUUUACUGUGUUUAAAUUUGGCUGGGACGGAAAAAUUAAAACCAGUGGUAAUCGGUAAAAGUCAACGUCCUCGUUGCUUCAAAAAGAUUACUACGUCGAAACUACCUGUCAUCUGGCUGCCAAAUCGAACUGCUUGGAUGACUUGUAACUUAUUUACUGACUGGCUCAUCACCAUUAAUAAUCAAAUGAAAAAAAAGAAUCGAAAAAUUCUUCUUUUCAUCGACAAUGCUCCAUGUCACGUAAUUAAUCAUGAUUUAUCAAACAUCAAAAUUGUCUUCUUUCCUCCAAAUACCACGUCCAAGUGCCAACCACUUGAUCAAGGUGUUAUUCAUUCGUUUAAAUGUUAUUAUAGGCAAAAAUUAGUUAAACAUAUAAUUUCUCAAUGUGCUCUAGCUCAAACUGCUGAUCAAAUAUCAAUUACUGUCUUAGAUGCAAUUAAAUGGAUUGAUUUAUCAUGGAAAAAUGUUACGGAAAAUACAAUUAAAAAUUGUUUUCGUGCUGCUGGUUUUAUUCGUUCUUCUUCUACGCCUUCAUCGUCUAUGACGAAUAUGGAUAUUAUUGUUGAAACGUAUAUAGAAUCAAACAAUUCUGAUAAUCCUUUACAACAACUUCAUUCGUUAUUAGUUCAUCGUCGUAUUGGUGGUUCACAGUUAACAGCUGCCAAGUUUGUAAACAUUGAUUCCUGUAUUCCAACCUUUAACGAGUGGGACGAUUCUGAACAUCCUAAAACUUAUAUCCAAGUUACUCAAGAUGAUAACGAAGAAGAAGAAGGAGAAGAAGAAGAAGAAGCUUUAUUAGAACAACCACCAAAUUUAUCUGAGGCACUCGAAAUUAUGAAAAAACUUCAUCUUUUUGCUUCUAUCGAACAACCUCAGCUACACAAUCUUAUAUCUGAUCUAGAAUCGCAAUUAACUGAUAUUUAUCUUGAUUCAAAAGCGGUUAAAUAA